GCUGGCGUGAAGGUGUGCGUUUUUGCGAGGGUGUCUGGGGGAGCACCCCGGAGAGCUAAAGGAGGAGUAGCGGCUGCUGGUGGGGGAUCCGGUGGGAACUCACUGUUGCCCACAAGAAAAAGGCGUCAACGACACCCCCCGCCUCUCGGCCCUUUUUCUUUAUUCUCCUGCUUUCCUCCCGUCCCUCCUCCACGCUCUUUACCCUCGCCGCCCCUCGGCUCGGGAGGACAAAAAAGCUCCAGCGGUGCGUGUGUGUGCGGUGUGUGUGCGUGUGCGUGUGUAGGGAGGCUGGAGCGGGGUGGGACUGAAGAGCUGUGAUUACAGCUCUCGCAGGAGAAAGAGAUUGCUCUCUCCAGAUGCUGAUUUCCGAAGCACUUGGCAAUCAUCAGGCGGGAGCCUGCACGAGGCGGCGGCGGUAGCCGCCCGGAGCCGCUCCGAUGGCAGCGGCGGGCGAGCGGGCGGCGGCAGCGCGGGGUUGAGAGGGGGCAACCGGGGCGGGGGGAGACGAAGCCCCCGGCCCGAGCGGGGCUCCGCGGAGCGCUGCUCUGCCCCGAGCCCGCCUCGCUCCGCGCCCCUCCGCGCCCCUCCGCCCGCAGCCGCCGGGGCAGGGCGGCGGGGCUCCCAUGCGGUGACCCCCGGCGGCAGCGCAGCUCCCGGGGGGUAGCGGGGCGGGGGUGCACCCCCCCCUGCAGCCGCCCCUCGUCCCGGAGGGAAGGAGGGAGGCUCUCGCUCGCCCGCUGCCCCCGGGGAUGGGUCCCCGCCGGGACUAAGCGCCCCGCCGCCCGCCCCCCUGCCCGUCGCGGGCAAGCCGGCGAGCAGCCAUGGCAGCGGCCAUCGCCAGCGGUUUGAUCCGCCAGAAGCGGCAGGCGAGGGAGCAGCACUGGGACCGGCCCUCGGCCAGCAGGAGGCGGAACAGCCCCAGCAAGAACCGCGGGCUCUGCAACGGCAACCUGGUGGACAUUUUCUCCAAGGUCCGCAUCUUCGGGCUCAAGAAGCGGAGGUUGCGGCGCCAAGAUCCCCAGCUCAAGGGUAUAGUGACCAGGUUAUAUUGCAGGCAAGGCUACUACUUGCAAAUGCACCCCGAUGGAAGUCUCGAUGGAACCAAGGAUGACAGCAGUAAUUCUACAUUAUUCAACCUUAUACCAGUGGGACUUCGAGUUGUUGCUAUCCAGGGUGUAAAAACCGGGUUGUAUAUAGCCCUAAAUGGUGAAGGUUUCCUCUACACAUCAGAACUUUUUACACCGGAGUGCAAAUUCAAGGAGUCUGUUUUUGAAAAUUAUUAUGUAAUCUACUCGUCCAUGCUCUACAGGCAACAGGAGUCUGGAAGGGCCUGGUUCUUGGGGCUGAACAAGGAGGGGCAGGUCAUGAAAGGAAACAGAGUAAAGAAAACAAAACCAGCAGCUCAUUUUCUACCCAAGCCAUUGGAAGUUGCCAUGUAUCGAGAACCAUCUUUGCAUGAUAUUGGAGAAACAGUGCCAAAGGCUGGGGUAACUCCAAGUAAAAGCACAAGUGCAUCUGCAAUAAUGAAUGGCGGCAAACCAGUUAACAAGAGUAAGACGACAUAGCCAGAUCCUCACAGGUGUUGUGACUGACUGAGUCCCGAGUACAGUUGAGCAAUUUAUCCUUGCCGGACUUCCCCUCUGCAGUGUCUGUGGAUCAGCUCGCAGCAAGUACUUGCGCGUUGCUGUUUCUGAACUGAGUUGUCGCAAGCGGAUAAAUCUCAACAUGUAGCUCCCCCCACAACAAGAAGACACCUGGAUGAACCAGCUAAACUCAGACCAUGGAAUGCCCUACCAGAUAUUGGAAUGCCUUUUUAAUAUCUUUUCUGUGACUGUGACACUUCAUGUGAAUGACAUACUUCACAAGUACACUUGAUACCUUGCCUGCUGACAAUUACCCAUAAUCCCUUUUUGAGUCCAGUUUCAGCAAAAUCCAUGUGUUUAAGUUCUAUUUUGUAGCACACAAAUAAUCAAGUAAUUUCUAGGUAGAUGCUGUAAACCUGUGCUAUUAUGGAUUUCUCUUCUUCCCUUUUUUAUAAGGCUGCUCGCUCCACUGUCUGUGACCUUUUGCAGGGAUUGUGUUUCUCUAUAACUUAAGUGUUGCCAGUGGCUUAGUUUUGAAAGCAAUCAGGGAAUCAGGAAGCCUUCAAAAAUCUAUUAUUACAAAUUAUAUCUAUAAAGAAUAGGAUUGUUGUCUCUGGCUUACAAUGUUGAUCAAUGUGAAUACUCUUUAGUAACAGAUACUGUGCUUCUGAGAUUGGCAUUAUAGUGGAGGGAAGAGUGUCAAACACAACCAACAAGUUUUCUGAAACAUGUGUUUGGCAUCCCCCUAUAGUUUCUUUGUGUGUGUGUGUGUUUUAUACAUAUCACAGGCUUACUGGUAAUGGUAACAUUUGCCUUGCCCAGCGAGCAAGACCCACUUGUUUUUGGGAAAGUGGGUCCAAAGAAUUUUGUAGGCCUUGUAGGCCUGAAUUAAGGCUCAUUUUUCAUCUACUAAAUCUUCAUUGUUUGAAAAACAACCACCUCCAAUAAACAAAAGAAGUUAAAAUUAACCAGAAUUGCGCUACCUAAAUCCAUUUCAAAUAUAAUCCUUUCCUGUUUUUAAGGAACAGAACUUAAUGCCAUUGUUAUUUUUGGCUGAUUUCCACAUCUACUUAGCAAAGCAUGGGCAAGGAUGUUGUUGUGUUCUUUUUUGCAGCACCAAUGCAGAGGGUAGUUAAAAAAUAUAGUUUAAUAUUUCUGGUGUUUUAAAAUAAAAAAGUUUUAAAACUGGACAUAUUACAAAACUUUAUUUUUAUUUUUAGCUAAGCAUGCGAAGUCCAGUCCUAUGUAUCUCACUGAUAUUCCAGUACGUACCUCUACCCAGCUUCCUAGGAUAAUAUGCCCACCAAAUUGCUAGAUUGAAGGUGCCUUGCCUUGAUCUCUGUCUACUGUACUUUCUCCUACAUGAACCUAGAAGAAAUCAAAAACAUUACAAAAUUGAAGCCUUGGAACAUAUUGUGAGAAACACUAUCACCACUUUGAGUUUGUCACUUCUGAACAAUGAAACUGAUGUUAGGGGGAAAAACGAUUUAGACAAUACCACAGAGAUGCCACUGAAGUGUUACAUACUUAAGUCACAUGCUUUCAGAAACUAAGAAUGUGGAUCUCUGAUCUCUGUAUGCUUACUAAGGUAUUUGUUUCUCAGAAAGGGCAACAAGGACCAAACUGUACCUCAGUCUGGAAAACUGUGUGACAACACUCUCUUGGCCUCUUGCUGUUAUCUUGAUAUUUAAAGACAAAAAAAAAAAAAAAAAAAAAAAAAAG